AUGAUAGAUAACAGUCCAGGAAGAUUUAGCUGCAGUAUGUCAGAGAAGAGAGGAAAGAUGAGUCUCUCACAGAAACAGAGUGUAAGAUCAGACUCACAUGUGUCCAGCUCUGUGUCUGUGAAGAGUGACCGGUCAAAGGGAGAACCACCGGGAUUCAGUGAAGAAACACCAUCACGAACCAAACGGCUUCAGUAUAAAACAUUAGAUCCAGAUUUACAGUCUCACAGGAACCGCAAGAAUUUUACAGACAGUCUCCUGCAGAUCUUCCAGGAUCUUGAGAGCAAAAUAAUAAAAUUUCUAAAGAAAGAACUGGAAAAGUUUAAGAAAAUAUUACAAACAGAGGACUUGCAGUACUUUGUGAAGGACUUUAAUGAGAACAGAUGCAGUAUGAAAGAAGCAGCUCUUGAUCUCACGCUCUACUUCCUGAGAGAGAUGAAGCAAGAUGAAGCUGCUGAUACUCUAGAAGAUGAGCUGGUCUUCAUUCAUCAGCUAAAGUGUAGCCUAAAGAAGAAGUAUCAAUGUGUGUUUGAAGGAAUUGCAAAGCAAGGAGACUCUACACUUCUGAAGAACAUCUACACAGAUCUCUAUAUCACUCAGGGUUGUAGUGAACAGGUCAAUACUGAACAUGAGGUGAGACAGAUUGAAGUUGCUUCCAGACGUCAUGAAUCACAGGAGAUACAGGUUGAGUGCAAACAUUUGUUUGAAGCACCUGAACAAGACGAGCAGAUCAGAACUGUACUGACAAAAGGAGUUGCUGGCAUCGGAAAAUCAGUCUCUGUGCAGAAGUUUGUUCUGGAUUGGGCCGAAGGAAAAGAAAAUCAAGAUAUCAGCUUCAUAUUUCCCCUUCCAUUUAGAGAGAUGAACUUAAAGGAGCAAGAAAAACUAAGUUUGAUGGACCUUAUAACUCAGUUUUUCCCAGAGACAAAAGGACUGAACCUUACGAGAAGAAAUCAAUUCAAAGUCUUGUUCAUUCUUGAUGGAUUGGAUGAAUGUCGUCUUCCUGUAAACUUUAAGGAUAAUGAGACGUGGUCUGAUGUUUCAUCACCAGCCUCUCUGGAUGUUCUCCUGACGAACCUCAUCAAGGGAAAUCUGCUUCCUUCUGCUCUCAUCUGGAUCACCAGCAGACCAGCAGCUGCCAGUAAGAUUCCUCCUGACUGUAUCGACCAGCUGACAGAGAUACGAGGAUUCAAUGAUGCACAAAAGGAGGAGUACUUCAGAAAAAGAUUCACGGAUGAGAAUCAGGCCAAAGAAAUCAUUGAUCAUGUUAAACAAUCAAAGAGUCUCUUUAUCAUGUGCCACAUCCCAGUCUUCUGCUGGAUUUCAGCCACUGUUCUCCAGAACAUUUUAGAGGAGAAAAGAAAUAAUGUUGUGAAAAACAAUCAGACUGAUGAUGUCUCCAAAACACUGCAUGAGUCAAAUACUGAAGACACUCCUAAGACUCUGACACAAAUGUACACACACUUCCUCAGAUUUCAGAUCCAGCAGAGCAGACGAAAGUAUGAUGGAGAACAUACACCAGAUGUUUCCUGGGAUAAAGAUGCCAUCUUUUCACUGGGGAAACUGGCAUUUGAUCAGCUGGAAAGAAACAAUGUGAUCUUCUAUGACACAGAUCUGGAAGCCUGUGGUAUUAACGUCUAUAAGGCAUCAGUGUACUCAGGCAUGUGUACCCAGAUCUUUAAGGAGGAAACAGGGAUCACUCUUGGUACCAUGUACUGCUUCGUUCACUUGAGCAUUCAAGAGUUUAUUGCAGCCCUUUAUGCACAUCUGUUUCUAGACAUCAACAAGAAAUAUGUGUUUGAUCAAGACUCUACAGGACAGGGGAAAAAAAGUGGCAGUGUUAUUCUGGACCAUUUCCUUCAGGUCCUUCUUGGACAAUCCAAAAAAAACAUAAUUGAUUUGCUCAAGACUGCAGUGGACAAGGCACUAGAGAGUGAUAAUGGACACCUGGAUCUUUUUCUUCGCUUCCUCCUUGGUUUGUCUCUCCAGUCCAAUCAGAGACUCUUUCAGGGUCUGUUGACACAUGUAGCAGACAAUGACCAGAGCAAAGAGGAAAUAGUUCAGUACAUCAAGCAGAAAUUAGAGUCUAAUCUGUCUCCAGAGAGAUCCAUCAAUCUGUUCUACUGUCUGAAUGAACUGAACGACCAAACUCUGGUGAAAGACAUUCAGACCCACCUUAGCAAAGGAAGUCUCUCAUCUGCUGAUCUUUCACCUGCCCAGUGGUCUGCUUUGGUCUUUGUGUUGUUGACAUCAGAGGAGGAGCUGGAGGAGUUUGAGCUUCAGAAAUUCAAGAAAUCAGACGAGUGUCUCAUUAGAUUAUCAGCGGUCAUCAAAACCUGCAAAAGAGCUCUGUUAAAUGAUUGUGGUUUAACAGACAAAAGCUGUCCAGCUCUGGCUUCAGUUCUUGGAUCAGAUACCAAUCUGAAAGAGCUGAACAUGAACAAUAAUAAUCUGCAGGAUUAUGGAGUUAAAAUGCUCUGCACUGGAUUGAAAAAUAUUAAUUGCAAAUUAGAGAUACUCAGACUUUCAGACUGCAGUAUCAGUGAAGAAGGUUAUAAAGCUCUGUCUUCAGCUCUGAGAUCAAACCCUUCACACCUGAUAGAGCUGGAUCUCACAGGAAAUGAUCCUGGAGAAUCAGGAGUGAAGCUGCUCAGUGAUUUACUACAGGAUCCAAACUGUCAACUCAACACACUGAGUGGACGUGAACUAGGAGACACAGGAGUGAAUCAGAUCUCUGCUCUACUGCAGGAUAAACUCUGUACACUCAACACACUGAAUCUUUAUGUCUGUGGCAUUACAGAUGUUUCUUCUUUAACUCAGUCUUUGACAAACACAAAAGCUCUGCAGUUUCUAAAAGAGCUUGAUCUGAGUUAUAAUAAGAUUGGAGAUUCAGAGCAGAAGCUCAUUGAUGUGCUACGAGACUCAAACUGUAAACUGAGGGUGAAACUGUCAUCGAGUUUGGUGAAUGGUGAUAUUGUUUUGGGAGUGCGUCCUGUUUUGCCGGUCGAGGGCGUUCAUCUUAUUUUGGGGAAUGAGUUAGCAGGGGGGCGUGUAUGGCCGGAUGCUCCUGUGUCACCAAUAGUUUCAUCCAAUGAUGUGUUUCCGCAGAUCCCUUCCCAUGUAAAUCCGGUGGGUGUAACAACUCAGGAGAUGGGAGAAGAGCAACGUUCGGAUUUAUCCUUGGCUGAGCUGUUUAACAGUGCUGUUCGAGACGAUCAUGUGUCUAACAUCGCUCGAGGUUAUUUCGUACAAGAUGCCAAAUUCGAUGGUCCGUACGUGGUGCAGCGGAAAGUGAGUGAAGAGAAUUAUGUGAUCGUGGGAUCAAUUUUUCGUGGUAGCUCUAACUUGGUGGGUGGGGGUGAGGAGAAUAUUGAGCCUGAUGAGGAUUGGAUAGAGCAUGACAUUGACGUUGGGGAGGCGAAACCCAUUAAGCAACGUUUUUAUCGGGUGUCUCCAGAUAAACGAGAGCUUAUGGAGGCAGAAAUAAACUACAUGCAGGAAAAUGAUAUUGCGGUGGGCUCGGCCAGAUUUGUGAGCAAGUUUGACUUGCUUAAGGGUUACUGGCAGGUGCCUUUAAGUAAGCGGGCUCAGGAUAUUUCCUCAUUCGUUACUCCCACGGGUUUAUACUCCUACAAGGGAUCUUGA